CGGCUGGGGGCCAUCUUGCUGCGCGUUUGCCAUCGACCGUCGCAUUCGAAGUUGAACCUCCGUGGAAUCGAGAUCGGCCAGGACGGAGUGAGCAGUUUGGGUAACGUGUCGUGCAAGAAGAGCCAAGAGUGGUGAAAGGCAGGAGUGCCAGAGAGAGAGAGAGAGCGAGAAGAGGAAUAGAGAAGCGUUACUACCAUCUGCAAGCAAGCGAGUGUGAAGAGAAAAGGAGGAGGAAGAAGCAAACAGCAAGAAAGCCCCGUGAUUCGAAAGUUGAACGUGCUCUUAUCCAACUAAACACACGCACACAUAACUUGCUCCCAACCACUACCCAGGCCCAAACCAACAUCGUCAUCAUCAGCUGCCCCCCCUCGGAGUGAACGGAAGAAGAAAUUGUGCCCAUUCCACAGUCUUCUUCUUCUGCCGUUUUGGCCUCUGUACAAUCGAGGUUACCACACGAGGACGGUGUGUGCCAAAACGAGGUGAGGGGUUUUUCUUCGCCAAAGAGAGAGCGAGCCAGCGCGAGCGGAAAAGAAAAAGCGGAAAUCGUGCGUGCGUGCGUUUAUCUGUGUGUGUUUGUUACGACGUUAUUUUUCUACGCCGUGACGUUGUCACUCUUGACUGUAUGUGAUCGAUACAUCCAGCAGCAGCAGUAGCAGCAGCAGCUUGCCAGCAAAUCCCGUUCAAUCGUGUCUAACAAAGCAACCGACGAAAAGUUGCAGCAGGAAGCAAAGCAAAAAAGAAACCUUGUGAUUUUUUUUUCUUGUUCCUGCGUGUUGCCAACACUCGCUCGCCCCCCCACCUUCCAGCCCGCGCGCGCGUCAUCAAGGCAGGCAAAAACGUGUUACAAAGCAGGCGCAGCUGCCGCCGUGUAUGUGUGUACGUGUGUGUGUGUGGUUAGCAAAUCAACCAAUAGAGAGAGUGGCGAAGCGCACCAAUACCUACCUGGAUCUCACGUACAACAGUACGCAACAGCGAAAUUUGCCCUUCUAUUUUUUCGCCGUACCUGUGUGUGUAUCGGUCGUGCGUGUAUGUGUGUGUGCGCGUUUCGUUUUUGCAACAUCAUCAUCAUUAAAGCAGAGAAACGAGCAGCUUCAGCAGCAGCAGCAGCAGCUUUUAUAUUUCCCUGUGUAAACGUGUGUACACAAUCGAAGUGCGUACGUACGUGCGCGUAAAUGAGUCUGUGUGCGUUUGUGUUAUAAUCCAUUUCGAUUGCUUUUUCGCCGUAAAAGUGCAAAAGUUGCGUGCGUCCGUGUGUGUGUGCGUUGUACGUCGAGCGACGACGACCAUCUUUGCCAAGCGCUUUUCGAUACGGGCCUGCAGCUGUGUGCGUGCGUGCCUGCCCUGGGUGCUGCGUAACCAACACGGACAGAACCGGAGUGUGCGUUAUAGCUAGUGACGAAAGCAUUUACCCCCGUUGUGCGUUUGUGUGCGUGUGUGUGUGUGCUGCGUACGUGUGUUUGACGAAGCAGGAAGCGCUGUAAUCCCCCAAACACACAUCCACACACACAGCUAAUACCUGAAAGGCGUAACCAACACAGCUACACGCUGCCCUUGUUCAGCCCUGGGCUUGAGCUACACAAACGCAGCUUUUUGGAAGCAGCAGACGACCAGACGAGACGUGUGCGUGCACACGAAAACAUCCCGUGUCCGUCAAGUGUGUGUGUAUGCUUCAAGGAUUAGUACAGUUGUGCCCGAGUUGUGUGCCACGUUAGAGAGACCCCCCAGACCACCAGGGUCGAUUGUGCUCUAUCGCGUCCGACGUUGGUGUGCGUACACAAUAGCGCACCCCAAUCAACGCCACCACCCCCCCUACCCGUUUCGUUGUUGCCCGGGCUCACAGCUCUGAAUGUACGCAUCAGCACCGUGUCCGUACGCGCACAAGGUGUUAACGAACGCAGCAACCACUCGCCAGCAGUUGAAGGACAUUGCGGAGCGAACCGCCGUACCGUUAGCAACAUCCACACAGUGACAUCCCACCACCACCACCACCACCACCCACCAACCACCACCACCGUGCGAACAUGAGGAUAGAGGUGAAUUCGGCCGCCGACUUUCUGAUGAACCUGCUGCGGGUUCGGAAGGCGAACCAGCUGUCGGAGAGCCAGCUGCAGCACUUCAAGGGCUCGCUGGAACAGAUACUGACGCGCCAUUUCCAGUGCCACUGGUACCCGGACGUGCCGACCAAGGGUUCCGGCUUCCGCUGUCUGCGGAUCAACGGCAAGAUGGAUCCGAUCAUCGAGAAGGCGGGCCACGCGGUGGGCCUGAACACGGUCGUGCUGCGGAAGCUGCUCCCGCUGGAGCUGACGAUCUGGAUCGAUCCGGACGAGGUGUCGUACCGGAUCGGGGAGAACGGGACGAUCUGCGUGCUGUACGAUACGGCCCAGAGCCGGGCCAGCCCCUCGUCCGACCUGGACUCGACCGGCAGCAGUAGCGGGAUGGCGUGCGACGAGUUCAUCAUGGAGCGGGUCGGCCGGCUCGACCUGUCCGUGUCGUCGGUGGACAGCGGCAACGGUAGCGGCGGCGGCGGCGGUGCCAUGAUGGUCGACUACCACCUGGAGCAGCACAGCGUCAGCACCAAGUCGCACCAGCAGCACCAGCACCAGCACCACAACAAGUACAAUCACAACAACAACCAAUCGAACAACAACCACCAUCAGCAGCAUCAUUACGCGAAGCAGCGCCACAGCAACAGCAUGAGCUCGUCGUCCAGCGGACAGACCAGCCCACCGCUGAGCCCACCGUACGGUGCUGCUGCCGGCGGUUUCCUCAACCACCAGCAAAAUCUCGCCAGAUACCAGCAGCAGCAGCAUCCCCAUGGACCGCACCAGCAGCAGCAGCAGCACGGUGGCAACAACUUUUACCCAUCCCAGCCCCAGCAGUACUUCCCCUGGGACAACCAGUUCGUCAACAACAAGGUGCGCACCCAAUGUUAAGCUGAAAGGAGGAGCAGGAGAGCUGCGGGGCGCGCGUAUCUUUCGCGCUUUCUCACACCGAAGCGUGGCGCUCUCUCCCUCGGACCCGACGCAGCAGCAGCAGCAGUGGAGAAGGGCGCGGCGGAAUGUGAUCGAUCAACAGUGUGUGUGUAUGCCCUGUUGUAAUAUGGCGUUGGGCCGAAAGUGGAUCAAGUUGUAAAUUGAUUUUGCGAUAGAGAGAGAGGGUGAGAGAGGGAAAAAAGAAAAUAUGGAAGCUUAAUAAUGCUGGCAAAGCUGAAUAAGAAGAAAAUCGGAGAGCACCACCCCGAAGCUGUCCUUAGAAGACGUGUGGUUGUAUGUGUGUAUGAAUGUGUGUGUGAUCCUGCCCGUUUUUCUUCUCGCAUUCUUUGGUGGUGCGUAUUUUGUUGUGCGUACGUGUGUGUCCUUCUGUUGCGUUGCGUGCGCGUCGAUCGUGUUGUGUGAGUGAGAGAGAGAGGCAAGAAGAGUCAAACAAGGGGGGCGGCAGCAGAAGAACAACAGGAUCCAAAAGUAGUGUAACCACCACCAAUCUCUACAUAAUACCACCCCCACCUGUGUGUACAAAUGCAAGCAAACAAAAGAAGAGGAAGAAGAAGAAAGUGCGUCUGUGUGUCCUGUGUGUGUGUACAAAGAGAAUAUCCAUUGUGCGUUGCUUUCUGUUUGUGUGUGUACACGGAAGAAAAUUGUGAAUGCAGUCACAUUGAUGCACACACACACACACACGAGCGCCCCAAACGCGCACACACACACACACGCGCAAAACCUCCAGCAGUCGACGACAACACCACCCCACAUUGAAGCAGGCGUUGAAGUCUGUUUUCCCCCAAAUUGCCAUCAUCAAACAAGUGUCUGUAUUGUAGUGUGUGAGCGCAUGUUGCGUAUGCGUCCGUGUGUGUGUGUGGGUGUGUGUAUGUAAAAAAUCCUGGAAUGGGGCUGCUGUGUAACGUGCGUGUGAUAAGAGCUAGAAGGGAAAAGAUCCGGAAUGAACGAGCGGAAGCAGCGAAGAGAGAUGGAGAGAGAUAGAGAGAGAGUUCCUACAUGAUAUAUAAUUGUUUUUUAAAUAAGGCGACAUGUUUUGUGUGAUGAGUGAACGCGCGGGUACCUUAUCGAAUAGUUGUAGUAGUAGUAGUGGUAGAGAGAGAUAGAGAGAAAGCGACACACAAAGCAACCCGCACCGCCACACCACGUACACGCACAGACGACGUACAACCGAACAGUGCAAAAUACACCCAUUGUUUUGGGAACAAUAGAUCUUCGAGUGAUCCAGAAGAGGAAGGCGCACGAGCACGCACGCACACUCACACACACUGUGAGAGAAGGAAGCUGUGUGUGUGUGUGCAAAUGACGACGAGUGAAGAAGGAGCAAGAGCGAGAGAGAGAGAGAGAGGGAGCGAAACGGAUGAUCUUCAGCAACUAGCGCCGCGCGCUCGACAUCGUUUACUUUGAUGCCCGCCGCGUGUGAUUAACCUCCUUGUUUUUUUUUUAAUGUUGUUAUUCUCCAAAAAAGAAAACACCCCCCCUCCUACCCCCCCUGUACUACAUGACCCCGUCACACUACCACCCUCCCUACACACCACCCCGCCGCAUCCAUCACAAUCAUCUGCUGCUGCGCGGGGGUUGAAGGAGAGAGCAUUGAAGUGGUGUGGAGAGCAAUAGGAUAUAAGAAGAGGAAGAAGAAGAAGCGAGAGAGCGUGUGUGUGUGUGUGAGAAAGCGAGGAAGAAGGAGGUGGUGUGUUGUGCGACGCAUUUCAAUUGUGAUCAAUAUUAAUUUCAAAACAAAUAUGCACACACACACUCACUCACACACACACAUAUGCGUGUGCGAAAGAUAAACCGUCUUGAAUAAUAUACCAGUAGGCAGCGGAAGAGAAAGAUGUGCAGAAAAUCGAGUCAUCAAUAUAACAGAACAAGAAGAAGAUGAAGAAACAUAUACACACACACAAAGAAGAAACAUCACUCUUGGUGUGGUGUGUGUAUUUGUAAAAGUGUGUGCGCGUGCGACAAAAAAAUGAAAAAUUGAAAAUAUGAAUUGGUAAAGAGAAGAAAAGCGUUUGAGUAAGAGCAGGAACAGGAGAAGAGUACAAGCAAAAGAAAACACAAGUGAGCGAAAACGAAAGAAAAAAAGAAGAAAAAAGAAAACAACAACUACAAAAAAACUGCAACAAAACAACAAGAAACGAAACGUAAAAAUGUAAAAUCCCCCUCCCAAUAUUAUGAUGAUGAUGAGGAUGAUGAUGCGUGUGUGAUUCGCUCGUGACUGCAUGAAAGCUACAUUUGUAAGAGCGUUUGAAAAGUAUAAGGCAAAAGUCAUAUGGUGUAUGUGUAUGUGUACGAGAGAGAGAGAGAGAGAGAGAAGGAGAGAAAGGAAGAGGAAUGUGAAGACCAACUCUCGCCCUAACCCGGCAAAAGUAUAAAAUAUAGUUUGUAAAGAAGAGCAAACACAGCAGGCAGAAACAACAACAAAACCACCCCGUUAAACGAUACUACUUUUUUUUUUGAUAUACUUUACUCCUUUUUUUUCGCGCGCGAUAUGUGUUUGUAUGAGUUUUUAAAAGAUUGUUUAAAUUAAAGAAAAGAAGCUAAAGUAACUUCGCAUGCGCGUGGGGCGACAUAUGCUACACGGAGUUGUGUCGUGCCGUAGUGAUGCAGUAGAGAUAGAGGGAGAUAGAGGGAGGAAGGAAGGGAGCCACAGAAGGAGGCCCUCCAUUCGCCCGGAAAAACAAACACCUAAACUCACCAACCAGUCCAAAAUAAUUACUUUAGUAAGAGAGCGUGUGUGUAAUAGUGAUUUGCAAUUUUUGUGUAUAAAAAACAAACAAACGAAACAAAAAACAAAACAACUGAUGCCAGAUUUCUGUUCUUUUGUGUAUUACACUUUUAAUAUAUCCUAUCCGGGUUUUGCAUUUCCCGAACCGCCCGCUAAACCCCUCUCCUUUUGUCGGUACGUGGAAGAUGUUUUUUUUCCGUUUGUUAGUGUGAUUUUCGGUCGAUGCGAGACAGUGUUUGUCGAGUCUUUUUUGUUUGUGUUGGCUUGCGAGGAGGACGAGGACGUCUUGUUUCUUCUUUCGCAACAUCUUGAAAAUGGGAAACAAAAAUCAUGUUGUAAAUCGCUCAAAAACUGGCGAUUUGCUGAUUUGCGUGUCAUUAUUUUUGGGCGGUACGAGAGAGAGAGAGAGAGAGAGAGUCCUUUAAUUCCACUGCCGCGGAAAAGAAUGAUAAACUGUAGUACAAAAACGCCUCGGAAGGAAUCGCAUUAUGGGCGGCAUUCCCGAUUUUAUACAACAACAACAAAAAAGGAGAAAAACGCUUUCAACGAACGGCCAAAAGGAGAAGCCAAGUGGGCGGCGGAGAUCGAAGAGUGAUAGAUGUGAUAGAGAGAGAGAGAGAUGAUGGAGAGACGAAUGAUGAUUUUUUCCCCCUUGAUAGCGAGUAAGCUGUGCGAGAAGCGAGUGAAUCCAGGGCGGGAAAGUGAGCAGGAGAGGGACGAUUAGUUUAGAUUAAACGUUUGUGUUUUCCUUAGUUCUUUUUUUCCUUUUUUUAAAGUGUAAGGUCCCAUUUCUUCCACCCUCUUCUAAUUGUCCACCCACACGACACGAAAGACCCACCCGACCCGACCCGACCGCCUGCUACUGUUGUCCCCUUAUCUGUGAAAGAGUUUCCCCAUUUUCGUGGGAACCGAUUUGAGUAUAAGAGUGUGUGUUUGUGUGUGGGGGGUGUGAAAAGAAGGUAGGGAGGGUGGGAGUUUCUAUGGGGUCGGGAAGGAGAAAGAGCAGGGUAGAGAAGGGGGGGUGAUAAGGCGCGCAUUCAACAGCCACCACCAGCAGCAGCAGCGCUGGGGUGGAAUUGAGGGAAAAAUGGCGACGAACUACAUAUUAGGGUGUAAGAAGCGAAGGGCAGCGCGAAGAAGAAGCAGAAGGGAGCAAAGGAGGAGAAGGAAUCGAUUGUUUAUAAAAAAAACUAUAUAUGUAUACAUACGAUGAAAAAAAGGAACACUACUUUAUAUAUAUAUAUAUAUUUGCUUAUAAUUAUUUUGCUGUAACAAUUUUCGAAUCAAAGAAGAAAAGAAAAUAACAUCUACACUUGCAUUAAAAAAACUUAAAAAAAACUCAGGCUUCUUUUUUGUUUGUUUUCUUUCCACUUUAUCCGUUUUAUGUUUUUUUUCUCUCCAUCGUGUCAGGUUCGAUCAUCAUCACUACAAGCCGCGGGGCCGUACGCGCACCCCCAUUCGCUUUCUUGAUUUUUCGCCUCUUUUUUUUUCGUUCCGUUUUCGUUUUUCUUCUCCUCCGCCUCGAUCGACUCUUCCAGCAGGGCCCACACAAUACUGCUGGCUUCAGUGGCCAUCUUUAUCCGCCUCAGCGUUGUCCGCACGUGCUGUCCUCUUGGUGUGGUGCAAGGGACAGGGAAGAAGCAGGAAGAAAUGGGGCUUGUUUAUUAAAGAAAAAAAAAAAUAGUUAAAACGAAACCAUAUUAAUCUUAAUUUUGGAAGCGGGAUUUAUUGGAGGAAAUAUGCAUGCGACGGGAAAAGGCAAAUUUGCUACACGUGGAACUAAUGGUAAAAAUGGGGGUUGUGUUUUUGUGUUCGUUUUCCUUUCCUUAAUGUGUCCUACCUUCGUAUAGGAAGAAGCUUCCAUAGUAUUUUGAGAUUCUUCCAAAAGUUCAAUAAUGCUCAAGGCUUGUCAAUUGUCAUGGAGCAUAAUUCUAAAUUUGAUUGGCUUUAGAGGUCGUCCUUCAGAAGAUUCAUUUGUGAGAACAUUCAGUUUCAAAUACUUGAUUAGACCUUUUUAAAUAAGUUAACUUGCAUAUGAGGAUCAUUUUGACGUAUUUAGUACACUGAAUUGGUUAUGUUGUACUAUCAUUUACUUUUGCUUCAAUGUCACUUUCAGCAAUGGUUCAAAAUUGUUAGGAAAUACUUUUAAUCACGAAGAACCUAGGAAUGAAUAUAAAAAUACAAUGUUCGGAAAAUAUGAAAACGCUUUAGGACGAAAGAGCCUAGCGUUAAUGAUCGUUGAAACCGCUCCGAAGGUUGCAAUCAAAUCAAAUCUUUCCAGUCAUCUUAGCUAGUCAGCAACUUCGGUCGAGAAGUAGUAAUGCGAUCAUCGAGAAUCAUUCGGUAAUCAUUUCUUGCCUAUCAUGAUCACGAAUUGGAGCCUUUUUGAGAAGACAAUAUCUUGGUAUUCAAAUAUAUUUUGAUUGAAUUCAAAAGCGAUAACUCUGGGAUGAUGUUAAACUGAAGUUACAUCAGAAGAGAGUGAGCGAGAUACAUAUCACGAGGCAAUUUUAGUCUAAUUGACACAUUGGACCCAGAAGAAAUGAAGGGAAACUGGUUCAGUUUUGGUGGAGGUUUUUCGAGGAGAGAAAAAAAUGUGUAACGCCGCAGCUUUUUCCUUCCAGUUAAGCCACAAGCACAGUCGAAAGUGUGGUAGCAUCGGUGUGUGCCUCCUUUGUAUGGAAUUUUCACACAGCGCAUUUUCUCGCAUUUUGCUGUGCAUCUGCAUGUGUGUGUGUGUGUAGGGUUGCAUUUUUCCCAUUUUCCAACAAUAGGCAGAUGAUGCGUUUGUGUGUGCAACGUGUGCCAUCAGCACAACACCCGAGCACAUUUCCCACACCAAUUCCUCCUGCGCCACCAACAAACACGCACCUGCACACACACACCCAUUGCAUUGAGUGAGUCACGUAGGCUUCUCCAAAGCACAACACACUACACACAGACACAGAGGGCCGUUUUAAAAAUAGCCCAGCAAAAGACAAAGGGCUUGGAAAUCGUGGUGGCCUCCCUCCUUGCUCGCGAGACCGUGUGUUGGUUGGGUGGUGGCAUUGGUGGUGCAGGGGGCGGCCUGUGUGCUGUUUCCAGUGGCGAACAAGGUUUUCCACUCUCUCCCCACCCCCCUCCCCCCCUCUCUACAGAAAAACGAAGGGCGACUGUGUGCAUACAGAGUCCUCCUCGCGCGGGUGUGUGCGCCCAACGACGCAAUAAAAGCGCGUACAUACACACACACACGUACACUGCAAUCGCUUGUGGUUGAGAGGGUUGAAAAUUUGCCAAAAAAAGGCACCCCUCUUUUUGCGACUGCCUGUGUGUUUGUAUGUAGACUACGUAGACAGGCUACAACAAGGGUGUCUAGAUUGAUCUAGGCCCUAUGAUUCUUUUUUUUUUUUGGUUUCGCUUUGCUGUCAUCGCUUGCCAUGAUACCGUUGUUGCUGAUUAAAUAGAGCACACACAGAGCCACACACACACACACCCACUGUACUGUCGUUAGGGGUGCGAGAAGCGUGUGUAUGCUGCUGCUAGAUGAUGAUAAUGAUGAAGAUUAGAUGCUGCUGCCGACUCUUCCUCGGCAUCGCAUGCAUAAAAAGCCGUUUUUUUGUUUGAUUUCGAGUCUAUGCUCGUGUGUAUGUGUGUGCGCUAGUAGCUAUGUGAGAGUGUGCUACGUGACUGAACGCACAGCCGCGUAGCCAGCACACGCACACACACUCGCAUCCCAUCUAUGCUGGCUGGGUUUGCCCCCCCGUAUGCAUGGCAACAAACAACAUGAACGCAUCAUGAUGUUCUUCAAAAUGGCUGGCCGCUAUGUGCUGCCCCCAGGCCCUCGCGGGGAAAGGCGGUGAAGGGGUUUUUGUUUAUUUUAUUUUUUUAUUCAAAGCUAUCGGAGCUUUUGAUUCGUUGGAGUUGGGGGGGGGAAUUAAGGGACAUCAAAUUUUCCAACCACACAUGUAUGUGGUUUUCAACAAAUUGGACAUUCUUUGUGCAUCACACUCCUUACUUUGGAUCCCAUGUAUUAAGAUUUGGAAUCCAGUGUGGCCACAAACGUUUUUUUGUCUUAACACAGCCUUUUUUAUUUCAAAAAUCUUCCCAUUUUUUGUAUGCAAUUGGUUUUUUUUUGCAAAAUUUCCAACGAAGAAUUGCCGUGAAUGCUGUAAGUAGUAAAUGCUGAACAUCCUCGCGCAAAGCGUUCGAAAGAGGCAUCUUAUUGUUAUUUGCUUUGGAUAGUGGUAGUACGGAUGAGAGGGGGUGUAACUCUUCUCUCCUCAAAGGAGGAAUACAACAAACAACAACAACAACAACAACAACGUAGUACAAGAAACGUUUCUCUAAUUUAGUGACUGCCAUCAUCGUGUAAAGCAAGAAAAACAGAUAAUCCUAAAGACACGAACAAAGACGACAAGCAGAGAGAGGGAUGGCUGCUCAAUGGUGUCCUCCAAGGAUUUACAAAUUCUGCCGUUAGUAUCGUGAACGUUUUGGUAAGCUCUCGCCCUACGCUUGCCUUCACCAUGCGUAUGUGGGUUUGCUAUUGUGGGUGUGUAUAUUUGUAGCAUUAUUUUUUACAUUUUUGUACAUAUAACACUACACUACCGAUGUAAAACAGAAGUCUGUUGUUUUCCCAGCUUGUUGGGAAAGGGGGUGAUUAGGGAAAGAGGCGGUCUAUGUCAAUGAUUUCCUUUUUGAAAGGGGGAAGCAAGUGUUAAAGUUGCAAUAAAUGUUUAUCUAAAGCCUCAAAAACUGAUAAUUGUUUCAUCAGUUUUUUGAAGCAUCUAUUAUACUUCGUCUUUUUUGUGUGCUUUUUACAUCAAACUACCACCACACCGCCGGCACUGCGAUAGAAAAUUCCACCUCCAUGAUCGACGUCCAAGGGAUUGCCUUGAAUGUAUCUUCCUGUGAUCUUACUGCCGCGGCCCUGCACACGGAUAGUAACCUCUAAAUGUAUGCUUUACUCAUUUGCAAUAUAUAUGUGCGACCAGUUUUGGGGCUCGUGUGUGCAGUCGCCACCGAAGUCGAGUCAAAAAAACCCUCCCACUACAUCCUUAGUCCUAGUUAGUGCGGCAGGGCAAAAAAUGAAGCAAGAUUCAAUAACUUUUUAACGAUCUGUGAUUUCGAGACAGAAUGAAGAAGCUCUGUACUUCUUCCUCGUGUCCGUCGCUAUUGCUUUUUAGCCAAUGUCUUGGAUUGUUUCUAGUCUUGUUAUAACUGGAAUUGCGUAUGUGCUGGUGGUGGGGGAGGUACGAUUGUUACACCUGUGGUGAAAAGCCAUUUCAAUGCACAACGAAUGCAAUAAACGUAUACGUUCAUGUAACGCUAUGAAUUUUAUUUUCUAAUACCGCCGAAUUUGAAUUUUUCAAGAUAAUUGCUUCCUACAAUGUUCUCAACUUCUUAACUAUGUGCAUGAAGAAUAAGCAACGAUUAGAAAGCUAGAUUGGGUUGUUUAAUAAUAAAAGAAAAAGACAUUUCCUCUCUUCCCCAAAAGGCGAUUAUUAAAUUAUUAUGGACUUACAAAAAGGAGAAACAAGUUAGCGAAGAGUGGUAAUUUAGGCACCUGAUCGAACAGUUGUUGUGAUUUAAUAAUGCAAAUCAAACAAACUAGGAACCAAGCUGGUCAAGUUAGAGUAAACGCAACUCUUUGUAGGAAAAAAGAAGGAAAAGAAAACAAUCUAAAAGAAAAAUAAGAAUGGUAAUACAAUCGAAAACAAACACAGGGAUAUAUUGUUUAUUCUUCAUUUUUGUUGUUGGUCUAAGGUGCGACUAAGUGUGAUACUGUCGCUUCCUUCACAAAACACACAUACACACACGCAAGGGAUAUGAUCAAUGGAGCGCUUAAUGAAAUAUAUUUGAAUGUGAUAAUAAAUAUUUUUAUAUAAAACCAACCAGGUACAAAUGAGAAGGCGAGAGAACAAGAGAUAGAGAGAGAGAGGCUUUUUAACAAAUGGCUGGAACACACUAUGGAUUAUGUAGAAGAAAAAGGGAAAAUAUUAACAAAACGAGACAAACCCCCGAGAGUCGCUUUUAAGCACGCACACAACUAAGCCCAUAAGUUAUUUGCUUUUUUUUGUUGUUGUAAGAAAACAAACCCAAAAGAGAUACACAAACAAAGCGGAACAGAUAAUAACAGGAAAAUCAAAUCACCAAAAUCACGCAACCACAAAACAAAGUUUCAAAUUCGUUUGAAGUAAUCCAUACACAUGCAGACGAGCGAAAAAGACACAAAACUCGAGAAAACACAAACAAAACAGUCAAAAACAAAGAAAACCACAACAAUUCUUCUCCACCAGGCAAAACCACAAACUAAAUAUAAACAAACACGAUAAAGCAAGUAAUAAGCCACAGAACAAGUCAAUGGAAAGCAAACAACAAAACAAACUUGAAAAAAAACAAGAGUCCUCAUUCUGUUUGCAGGCUGGACUGCGGAAAGCUGCAGAUUGCUACAGGGUGAUAGCGUGAAAUGUGCUUAUGAUUUUGUUACGAAACGAAAACGGGAACGAUCGAACGCGCGGGUGUCGUGGUGUCGUCGUCUCUCCAAUCUCAAUUGUGAUCUAAUGACAGAAACAAAACCAACAAGAUGUUGAAACGAUUUUAACUGACGGUUAUGUCCUUUUAAACGAUUAAAUUAACAGUCUAUAGCACGGAAGUUUUUCGGCUGCAAAAACAAAGAAAAGAGCGAAGAGAGAAGACAACAUUAGGCAAACGAUUAUGGAUAUGGCUCUUUUAGUGUAAGGUGUGUAUAAAAAGAGGUACUAUCACAUUCAUAGAUAUUAAUUACGACAGCAGAAAAUCUCACUCUAGAAAUCAUAUGCGUUGCGCGCGGGUAUAGAGGGUAGCAGCAGUGGGUGAAGACAACCUGAAGUUUGAGAGCACUGUGCAAUAAUCUGUGUGUUGCAUUUGCUGUGCCAGGAGGAGGAGGAGGGCCAGUAUCGUACGAACUCGCAAAACUUCACCAUCAGUUUGGUGUUGAUGAUCAUGAUGAUGUGGUAACACAAUUGAUAGUAUUUAAAAGGCCACACAAAUACACAAAAAUCAUUACCACUCAUCCCUUAACAUCCCUUGGUGCCAAUGAGAAAAUCGAACGAUAAACGAAACACGUUCAAAUAAAAGUUUUUAAGCAAAACAAAAACUUUACAAAACAAAGGCUGUUGCAUGUUGAGCAAAACACGUCCGCUGGAGGUUUUGGAGGAGUAGUUUAAGACGUUUCUCUGUGAUUGCAGCCUUGUUCUCAUUCCUUUUUGAGCUAGGUAAAUAAGAUCGGCAAUUUCGAAAAUAAGAAAAUAGUUCCUUGUUUGUUCGGCGAACAAAAUCGCUUCAGAGCAAAUUGACGACCACACAGCAGCAACAGAAAGGCUGCAACGGGUGCAGAGAAACUGAAUUGGCUCCAUCUCAGAUCCAUCACUGAUCUCCAUAUGAUUGGCGAACCAAACGAAUCGUUAAAAAUCACUUGCCUCAAUCGAUAAUACUUUUUGCAAACAAUUGUUUCAAAAAAUUGAAUAUAGAACUGUGAAGUAGGUUUCUGUUUUCAAUACGCUUAUUGCACAAGACGAAGACGGUAUAGCCUAACGCCGUGCUUCUUCAAUACCCAGCUCUAUCUCGAGUGAGUUUGUGCCGAUUGCGUUCUCUCGGUUUCGUUAAUCUUUGCUGCGCUUUGCUUUUGCCGCGUGUGAGUGGUUCUUGCGUGCGUUUUUAAACACUAACCUGUCGAGAAUACUUUAUGUAAGAAAAAGCAACAAACAGAACAAUACAGAAAUCAAUAAGACUACAAAACCAACGUACAAAUUAUAGGUAGUGUGUAGUGUUGCGGGGGCUGUGAAGAAGAACACUAUGCGCUGAAUGGGUCAUGUUUUACAUUACUCUAUCGCGAUAUAAUAUGCCAUAUUGUGUGUGGUGAGAAUUUACAGUGGUAAAGAGUGGCGACUGUGGCGAUAUGUGGCUGCAAUACAUGUAGUGUGUGUAGUGUGCAAGAGAUAUGGCGUGAGAGUUGGAUUUGUAGAGGAUGUUUUUAGUAAAUUUUUUGCAGAUACUGAUCGAAGAUUGGGUCCAACAUUUUAGUGGCGACUUUGAAGACUAGUGGGAGAUUGAGACCUACCAGUGUGUUACCAUCUAUCUUAUCAAUUUUGGACUCGACACAGGCUUUAGACUUUGACUCAAGUUAAGAUGUUAUUGAAUCUUUGAAAGAUCCUGAAAAAUAUAUCCCUCAGAUUGCUAUUCUGAGUUCUCUACAAUCUGAUAUCUGUAGUUGAAACUAUUCACAGGUCCAGGACCUUUAUUGGAACUCUCACGAAGUUGUUACAUGAAAUCUCUGAGGCUUCUGGGAGCUUUUAAGGCCACAGAGAGAUACAUUCAACGUGGCAAAAGGGCUAAUUGGAUAUCAUUUUGAGGAUCUUGUGUAAUGUACGACCUGAAAAUAAGAUCUAGUGCCGCUCUCUGUAGACUGCGGACUCAGACCUACUUUGGUAGACAUCUGUGUCUGUGUUUUGAUCUCUGAGAGCCUCUUGGAAGCCUCAAUUCCCAAAUAUCCACCAAGCAGUUUGGAUAUCUUCACAACACACAGUGAACGUUUUAUGACGCUUUGGAGCAAAUCUUGUGUGUGUCCAAUUGUCAACUGCUACUGUACUGCAAGAGCUAAUGGGUAAGCCCCUUCUGUCAUACACCUAGGUGGUACGAUUUGCAUUUAGAUCUUGUUUGUGGUAUCCCACGUUUUGUUUUAUGUAGCGUAGAUUGGCGCGUCUAGGCGCCGUUUUGAAAGUUUCCUGUGUCUGACCAGCGGCAGCCACAAGAGAUUGGAGAAUAUCUUGAUUUUUUGCUUCCACCUUGUGCCCAACACCAUCCGGCGUUGGACCAGAAUGUCCAGCAGUAGCAGCCUGUUUUUUUUCAUUGCUUGUUUGCGCCUAAGCUGGCUGUUGUUCGGGCUCGGGCGAUCUCACGCGAUCGAACUUUAUGAUAGGCAAUUUUUUUUAUCGCCCUCUCCGUCCAAACCACUUUGCGCGGGGCUCUGGAGGUUGUGGAUUUGGUUUGUAGAAUAAAACAAAAAAACGGAGAAGAAGGCGGAGAAAAACAACGUAGUGGUUUUUGCACCACACCGCAGCAACCGGUUCGCGAUCGCGAUGUGUUGUUGUUGUGGUUUUUGUAAGGCGAUGAGUGUGCUUCGUCAAACUCGUCGUCCCCGCUCUCUAUCUUCACCGCUCCCUGCUUUGUUGAUGGUGUGCGGAGAGCGUUCCGUUUCUGUACGCAUUCGCAUCUUGGAAAGCCUGUUUUCUUUCUCGACUCUCCCUCAAAUCGGGCACGCAUCUUUGUUUUGCGAGCGCAGUAAGCCGUUGGGGGUUAAGGCGCGCUGCGCCGACAGUCUUGGGCAAGAUGUUGAGAUCAUUUGUGUCGGCCCACCACACACCGCAUCAAGACUAGGCGGUCGGGAGUCGGAUGGACACGAGUAGUGCGCGCGGGUGUUGCGAGCUUGCGAAUGCGUUCGAGCAACCGGUUUUUGGCCCCUCUGGUCGUGGUCGUGUUUGCGUUUUCUUUUACCGACAAUUCCCACCCGGAGGGGAGAGAGCAGAGAGCAUAUGUGGUUGCGCACGACACAGAAACAGGUUUUGAAGUCGUCCAGCAGCGUGCGUCUUGCGAGCGUGUCUUGUUGCUCUGUCGUGUGCGGCUGUAAGGAUAACAGUGGGCUACUGUCGCCUUCUCGCGGUUGGCGAUGGACUUGGAAAUCAUUGCCUCAUAAACAGCCAGAGACAUAAAUUUUACGCCCUAUCCUUGCCGUUUAGUGAUGGACGGCACUAUACUACGAUUGCCGUUCAUUCAUGGUCCCGGGCUACGGUCAUCUGUGCUUAAAUACCCAUGUCUGGGCGUUUCAGUGAGUUUAUAUUCCACGUUAAAGGACAACUUUCGAUUGCACACAUCAUGCAUGAAUUGCAGCACAAACGAUAACGAAAACCUUCAACACGUCCACAGCCGCUACUCACCAAAUGAUGCCGCCGUUAAAAGUCGAGUCGAAUAAUGUACAAAUUUUUAACGAAACGAAAACCACAACCGCAAACACCCACACAUACCCAACACACCGAUACAAAGCAAAUGGCGCGGCGAACCCUUACAAACAGCUAAACGACUAACCUUAAAAACAAAGAAAGAUAUAAGAAGCUAAACAAACGAGUUAGACAGAAACAAAACAACAAAACGGUGCAAACAUUCAUAUAGAAAGAUGUAUAUUUUUUAUACCAGUUAGAUAAGGAAAGUGAUAAACGAUCGGAACAACAAGAGCAAGCCGCCACAUAUUCACAAAACAAACGAAGAAGUGAAAAAAAGAGCAUGCAAAAGCCAAUUCCAAAUGUGUUAACAAAAGGAUAGAGAAAAAGAGACCGCUGAAAACCACCACCUGUGUGGUGUAGGAAGGUGUGAAAAACACAAAACUCUAACAAAAUCGAUGCAACAAGAACUGUGAUUGUAAUACGAAACAGUGCGACGGGGGGAGAACAGCAUUGCAACAAAUGCACAUUACAAAACAACACCGCUGAUAACGUAAGAGAACGUUAAAACCACCAAGUUUUGAAGCUCUUGCUGACAAAUUAAAUCAGUAAAAGCGAGAGCAAAAUAGGGAGAACCUAAAUACUGUUGAGAUCAACGAGCUCUGAGGUUCCCUGCACGCACGCAUUGUUGUUAAACUUUUAACCGGUUAACGAAAAACACAAUCAUUCGUAGCAGUUUACGCUGGUUUGCAAGGAGACACAACAACACGAUACGAGAAUGCAUGUGUUAUAUUUUUGCAAGUUUGUUAUUUAAAUUAUUAAUGAAGCAACAAUUGUACGAUUGAGGGGCUUAAGCAGAGAGCGAGAGCAACAUUUGAAUGGUGCAGAAUUUUAUGUAAAAAAAAACACGAACAAACGAUAAAUUUGAUCUAAACUGUUUACUAAAAUGACAAAAAUGGCAAAAUUUAUUGUGUAUGUAGCAGACGAAUUGCAAGUAUAAUUCUUCGAUUAUCAGAAGACAUAAAAUCCCCGUCACCUCCUUCCCCCAAGUUAUCUAUGUGUACAGUUAUGUGUAUAGAAAUGUAAAAAAACAUCAAACAACAACAUUAGCAUAAAUAUACAUUCACAAAGUGAGGAAGUGUCCGAUAGGAGGUGGUGAAAAAUAUACACGAAAUCGCUAGAACGGCGAUCGAAUGAAAAAAACUGUGAAUGUUGUAAUGCAAGUAUAUUAGUUCAAUUUUGAACUGGGCAAAUUUUGGAGCCAAUCUAGAGCCACAGGCCCGCUUACGUGCGCGCGUAUAUAUGUGAAAUCACAAUCGAUAAUCACCAUCAGCACACAGAUCAGCAUAAACAGGUCAUCUCAUUGUCAUUAUCACAGAUGAGACAAAUGGUUUGUGUACAUGAGUAUGUAAUAUGUUUGCAACAAGGAGCAGGAGGCAACCGGCAAAAUUCUCUCACGUUUUCGUUGGGAUGAUUUAUGUUUGUAAAAAUGACCAAAUAAUAACAGCAGAAGCAACAAACGGAAAGGACUCAUAUAGUUAUCCGGGGUUGAUAAAUGCGUCCCCCAAAGUACCCCACCACCAUGUAUCUCUACGAUGUCUUUUGCUAUCGAUAUAGAUGUAUUUCUAUUUGUUUGUUUUUUACAAAACCUUGUUUUUUGUUUCGUUGAAGUAAUGUUAUAUUGGAAAGAUUAACUUAAAUCAACUAAAAGAAAUGACACCUAUCCUAACCUUCAUUUAUAUUUUGCGAAUAUUUUGCGUGCCAGAAACGUGUUACAACAAGCCACGUUUUGUUGUGUGGAAGUGUGUGCGCGCGAACGCGUGUUAGUGUUUGCCCAAUUUGAAAUUGAUCUCGUAGAAUGAACUAAGACCAGAAACAUUCAGUAUUGUUUUGAAUUUUGUAGAAAAAGAAAACCCCAGAACGCGUGGUAAGAAAAAAAAAACUACCGUCGGCUACAAAAUAAACAAAAAAAAAAAAGAGAAGAAUAAAAAACAAACACAUACAAAUGUAAACUAUAAAACAAAAACGAACGGCUGUUAAACAAAAACAAAACAAAACAAAAAAACAAGGAAGAACUGAGUAAGCAAGUAAGGCGAGAAUUUGUACAAAUCAACACGAAACUAAUAACGAAUGCAAUGGACAAACACAGUACUACGUUUAAAAUCUACACCAAGAGAAGAUUACAGACUCUUUGUCCACUCUACUAUUCACUUUCAGUUCAUCACCACCACACUACACAAGCAAAAGUCUCGUGUGUGUGUGUGUGUGUAAUGAAUCGAGCAUUUAUAUAUAUACGGAAAUGUAAUGUGUGUAGCGUUCUGUUCUGAGGAUACUUUGGAAAUGUUAAUAACAAUGUUUAUCUUUGUGUUUGGUGAGUUAGAAUUUGCUGCUAAAAUUGGAAAAUCAUGCAGAGAACAAUGAAAAAAGUAAAACUGAUAUAAAAUAUACCAAAUAA